AUGGGUAUUGUGUAUAUCGAUGAGAUUGACAAGAUCGCUCGCAAGUCUGGAUCUAGUAUGGAAGGUUCAAGAGACGUGUCGGGAGAGGGAGUUCAGCAGGCCCUUCUGCGAAUGAUGGAGGGUUCAGUAAUACCUGUACAGGCGAAAGGAUCGGUCUGGGAGGCGUCGACGCCUCCUGGUAGCCAUUCAAGGGGCGGUCAGCGUGUGCCCAAUAUUGCCGCAGCUCCGAAACCAGACGUGUAUCAUAUCGACACCAGCAAUGUUCUUUUUAUUCUCAGCGGUGCAUUUGUGGGGCUUGAAGACAUAAUCAAGCAAAGAAUAUCCAAAGCGUCGAUAGGUUUUUCCAGUUCACAAAUGCCGUUUUUCACCUCUAAUCGCAAGUCCUCCCCCAACGUCCUUGGGGUGGUCGAUACAGUUGAUCUCGUGAAAUAUGGUUUCAUCCCCGAAUUCAUAUCACGACUGCCUUCGAUUACUUCACUUUCACCACUCACAAUACCUGACCUUCGGCGAAUAUUAACCGAAGUCAAAGGGUCUCUGUUAUCACAAUACCAAGCCCUUUUUGGAUACUCCGGCGUGGAAAUCAGGUUCACCAGUGCUGCUGUUGACGAAAUAUGUAAGAAGGCUGCUGAUAGAGGUGGUGGUGCGCGAGGUUUGAGAGGAAUCAUGGAGCAAAUACUUUUAGAACCUAUGUAUGAAGUUCCGGGAUCUGACGUGCGGCAUAUUCUUAUAACAGAUGAAGUCGUGAAAGGUGAACGACCUCCAAGGUAUUGGAAGAAAGGCGAGGGUGCAGCAGUGUCGUGUUGGGAGGCAUGGGCGUCGGCAGAGGCCAGAUAUGAAGCCAGUCGCACCACAGAACCCUAG